UGUUCACAGAAUUAUGGAUGUAUCAGAAAAAUUACUUAAUUAUUCAAUUAAAAUAUUAAAUAUUAAGUAUUGAAAUAUAUGGUAUCUAGUUUAUACUAAUAUUACUAAUACUAAUACUACUAUUACUACUACUAAUAAGAAGAAGAAGAAGAAGAAGAAGAUUUUCUGAUACAUCUCUGGGCGGUGGUAGCCCUCUAGAGGACAUUGUGAGAACUUCAGCCGAGAACAAGCAGCAUGUUGAAUUCCAAGACUCAGCAGGGCAGAGGCUGCAGACAGUGGAGCUGUUCAUAUUCUUUCAACAUGGGUCAGUUUCCCUAUUGCACAGAUAAUAACAGUCCACUGGCUCAGAUAACUCACUCAAAGUUAUGCCAACAGUCUCGUGAUUUGGGAAAAACUCCCUGAUCGUCUGGUUACUGCAGCAGGACGCCUGAGAACAUCUCCCGAGAACACAUUCUGAAAUCCACCUUCCAUACUGAGCUCUAGGUUUACACAGAGAAACGGCCACAGUGGCGCCAAUGACCAACUGUCAGAGAACGCUGUGGGCUCCAGGUACUAUGAACAUCACAUGUUCAAACAAACACACAGUGAGUCACCAUGAGAUCCUGAGGCUUGAAGUGUGUGGAUUAGGAUUAGGAUUAUGAAGGUAACUGGAAGGGGGUGACUCAGGUUCAGAUCAGACUAUUUAAGAGACGAAACUGCAAAAAACAGACGUGUGAACGUGUGUUCAGUGAUACGGGAGCAGGAGUGAAGUACAGGUAAGAAAAUACUACGUUAAUGAGUUUGUGCCUACAGUGUGUUUGUAGAAAAGAAAGUUCUUUUAAGGUCAAUUAAAGUAGGGACUUUCAAAAAAACAACUUUUAUUUGAAAAACCUACUCAUAAAACUUUGUCUCUCUUUGAAUAGGAUGCAAACAGCUCUGUCUGUUGUCUACGUCUGUCUGGUCGCUGCUGUUGGUUUGUCAGGUUCUCCUGACAAACAGUACGACUCCAACAGAAACAGCCAACACAUCAUAGACGCAGUUAAUACAACCCUGGUCCACGUCAAGAACAUAUGGAAAGUGGUAAAGUAAAAAAAAAUCACCUGCUUUUCAGAAGAAGAAAAAAACUCUCCAUAAACGCAGGGUUUUAAAUUUGUUUCACUCUUUUUUCUGAAGCUAACCAUGAGUCUAAACAUAAGGCUCAGCCCUCCUCCCAUCAUGGGACUCACUCAAAUCACUAUUGACCUUGGACUCUUGGCCGUGGAGCUGCAGAGCCCGGUCACCGAGCUGCUCAGUCAGAUCACAGUCGACGUCUCCGGCCUUGAGGCCAAGGUUCGCUCCAGGGCCUUGAGGACGGGCUGCCUGGUCGACGCCAGACCCACAGGAAACACCUGCAACGACCUGUUUCCAGACACUGUCUUCCUCCUGAUAUUGGCUAAGGUGCAGCACUACCUGGAGGAGCUGCUCCUCCACAAGGACAAACUCAGCGUGUGCUGAGAAAAAUAAGCCGCUUACGUUCUGAAAUCAACACCAUUAAAUGGAGUAAAAUGGAGAGGAAUUUAUCUUCAGUUUCACCAGAUCUGUUUAACAGUAACUCGUACGACACGUCUGUGUUUCUCAAAUGUGGUAUGUGCCCCGUAGUUGAUCCCUAAGUGAGAAUUCAAACUAUUCCUCAGAAUACUGCAAAAGAAAGGUUCAGUAAACAUUAUGAAAACUUUUUAUAAAAUUGAAUUUAUGUGAAAGAGUUUAAUUCACCACAAAGACAGAGGGAAGGCACACA